GGUAAUAUAUCAGCUGACAUUCUUCUAUUUAUACCGCCAGCUUUAACUGGCGGUCAACAAUAUCUUGUGACUGGCUGUGCAGUUUCACAGAACGGACAUUAGAUCAUUUACUAGUUUUAUCGGGUUUCUUAUGUAUAGAAAGAUCAGAGCCAGAUAGUAAGCAAAACCUUAACUGAAUUGUGGAUCAUUUUGAAUAGCAAAAAAUGUAGGCAACAUUCUUUGGAUGAAAGGUAAUAGACGACCUUUUGCAGGCUUUGAGGCAGUUUUCCCCUGUAUUGUGGCAGGCAAAUGUAUCACUCAGUGGCAUGUCUCAGAACACGUUUGCUUUCACAUCAGCCACACUGCGCUCACUGCGGCUGGAACAGGAUCUGCAGGACUGGCAGGAAACACGGAGGGCACUGGAGCACAGGAGGGUAAUGAGUAGACGGCCGCUGCCAGCUGCACCCCGGCUCAGGCACGGGACAGAGAGGAUCCAGACAGUACGAGCCCCUGCACCUCAGAUCCACUGCAGGGACCCGGCUGUUCACAACACGUUUAUGUAUGGCGAUAUGAGAAGUGUGUAUGCUAUACUCAAAGAACCUGGUAUGGUGAAUGCCCUAAUGGAGAUUGUCCAUGAGGAGAUGGCGUGGACUCCAGAAAUGGGCAUGUGGACGCUGUGUUCUAAAGUGAAGCAGACGUCUGCCCUGCGCUUGGCUGCCAGCACUGGUCACUAUGGAUGUGUGGAGGAGCUGUUAUUCCGUGAAGCGGAGGUUGAUGCUGACCCCGGGGGACGAACGGCCCUCCACGAUGCUUGUUCCGGGGGUCACCAUGCCUGUGUAAAGCUGCUGCUGGAGCAUGGAGCUGAUCCCAAUCUGCUGUCAGCUGACGGCAAUGCGCCCCUUCACCUGUGCAACACUGCUGAGACCUAUGCCUGUACAGAGCUGCUAGUCAGCAUGGGUGCCGAUGUGAAUGUGGCCCAGCGUGACACAUGUCUCACUCCACUGCACUUAGCAUGUAGGAGGGGUUUGGAGGAACAUGUGGAACUGCUGUUGGCUCACAGAGCUGAUGUGACUGCACAGAACCGUGAGGGUGAGACGCCACUGAAUGCUGCAUGUGCUGGUGCUGAGAGGCCAGCUGAGGCUGUGAGAUAUUUGGGUGUGGUGCAGAGACUGAUACAAGCUGGAGCACAUGCACACACAGCAGGCAGGAAGCAGCACACUGCCCUACAUAACGCCUGCAGUAACUGCAGCUAUCAAAUUGCUGAUAUGCUUCUGCAGCAUGGAGCUCAAGCAGAUGCAACCAACUGUGCUGGAUACACACCCAUGGACUGCCUGCUGCAGGUGAGGCAGAAGUACUUUAUAUCACAGGUGGUAGAGGAUUAUCCAGACCAGCACCCUGAAUUAAUCGCUCGUUCACUUCUCAACCACGGAGCAAAGCCUCCUUUUACCAGACUACUGAAGUUGUGCCUUCUCUCACCUGCUACUUUGGAAGUAAUGCUGAACUGCUACCCAUUGGUACCAGACUGUGAGGAUUUGCUGCAGAAAGUCCCAAAUGAACUCCUGAAGGAGCACAAGCGUUUCUUUGACUCAGUUCGCCAGAUGCAUGGGCAGCCUCGAACACUCCAGCACCUCUGUCGAUGUUCUCUGAGAAUCAGUCUGGGUGCACAAUGCCAGUCUACCAUCAAUAAGCUAAACAUCCCAUGUUCACUUAAAGAGUACCUACUGCUGCCCAUUAAAGGAGAACUCCAAUGAUGCAUGAACAGGAAAUAAGUCAGAAACAUAAACUCCAUUAACCAUGAACUGGCUAAAGCUUUUAUUGUCUUUAUUUUUCAGGGUGCCAGUCAAAUGACCAUAAAAUUGACCAACGAUUUCAUUCAUGGCUUUUGUCAUUUUUGCAUUAGUCUUUUUUUGUCAGUAAUAAGGAUGUUUUAUUCUAGGACCACUGAUUCACAUACGCAGUACUUAACUUUGCUAUUAUUUUAUACAAUAAUGAUAAUGAUUCAUAUACGAAUGAAGGGCAAAUAUAACUUCUUGUGGUACUGAGAAAUGAAAUUACUGAAAAGGCUUUUCAUUAUUCCAUAUCACUGGCAAUGAGAGACUUUGUCUAAUAAGGUUAAAUAAAAGCUUUACAGAAAUCCUCACCUAAUAAUACAAAUUUAGUCACUGAGACAUUAAAUUACUUUAAUGUAAACAUGAAAAUGUGCACUUGAUAUUUGUAAAGAGUUUUUAUAUUUCAGUGUGUUUGAUAUUUAAACCAAAUUAUAAGGUUUCUUUAGGUGAGCAGAUGGGAUAAAUUUCAUUACAGUUAAAAGCUUAUUUCUAAGCAUUUUUAUGUAAGCUUUCACAUUCCUGAGUGAUUUUUAUCCAGUAGACAAAUUAAAUUAAGCUAUUUAAGUCUUACUAAUCAACUAAUUAAACAACAAUGAGCUGAAAUGAAUGUGUUAUAGCAU